CAAGCCCUCAGUGAGCAGCCAUAGGGGCACCUCAGCACCUUGUUGACGGGGGGCCUACAGCAACAGGGUACGCGCUGAUCACGCUAACGUCGGAGGCGAGAUAAAGAACCACUUUGUUCUUUUCAGAUCACCGGUUUCAUCUUGAGCCAUGGGGUUCACAUAUCUUACUGUGAUACUGUCAGUCACCAUGAUCCACCAAGUUUCAGGCUUGACCUUCGCGACUCCUGAGAAAGAUACACCACCAACAUCAUCCCCCGACUCUUACCCUCUGGGUGACCUGAUCCAUGCUGCCCUACAGAGUAAGGAAUACUUAGGACUGUCUUCUGCCACCACAGCAGGCACAACCACCAAUCCGACGCAGGCAGUGCCUGGUGUCAGACAGAGCGAGUCGACCGCCACGGUCAUUUCGCCAGGACUGCUCACCACGGCGUUAGGCUCCUCCUCUGCAGGCGGCCACGCGGGACUCAGAAACCGCAUGUCCUUCGUUCCCAUGGAGGAGGAGACAACCACUACUCUAAUCACCACGACCACUAUAACCACAAUGCACAUGCCAGUUCAGUGCAAUGCAUCUUUGUCCGCAAUGGAAGAUGUUGUCGAGUCACCGGAUUCCGCAUCAUCAUCAGCAUCAUCAGUUUCCCCACUGGAAUGCACCUACAGCAUUAGAGUGUAUCCAGGCUAUGGUGUGGAGAUUCAGGUGAGGAAGGUGAAUCUGUCCAAGGAGGAGUCCCUGACUAUUAUGGGGCACGGGGGUUUGACACCUAAGCUGUUAGCCAAUGAGACCCUGAUGAGGGAGGGUCAGGUGAUUCGCAGUCCAACCAAUCAGGUUCACAUCCACUACCGCAGCCGCCAGUCAAACAACCAUGGGAAGUUCAUCCUGCACUAUCAAGCUUUUAUGCUGUCCUGCACCUUCCCUCAUUCUCCCGAAAGCGGCGGGGUGACCGUGACCGACAUCCAUCCUGGCGGUCAGGCACACUUCUACUGUGAUCCAGGUUUCCAAGUCCGUGGUCAUGAGGUUGCGACCUGCGUCAACACAACACAACCACACUGGAGCACGCCCGAACCCCAAUGUGUUGCUGUUUCUUGUGGGGGGUGGAUUCGUAAUGCAACAGUGGGCCGAAUACUGUCGCCACCCCCACCGUCUGUUGCCAACCACAGUAAUGGAAACAACCUGAGCUGCCACUGGUUACUCGAGGCCAAAGAGGGCCACAGACUCCACCUGCAUUUUGAGAGGAUUGCACUGGAUGAAGAUGACGAUAAGUUAAUUGUGCGCAGUGGAAACAGUUCGCUGUUACCACCACUCUUCGACUCAGAUAUGGAUGAUGUGCCAGAGCACGGACUGCUGAGUGAGGGCACCUCUCUGUACUUGGAGCUCAUGGCUGAUUCGUCCUCCAUCCCUCUACUUCUGGCACUGCGAUAUGAGGCGUUUGAUGAUGAGCACUGCUGGGAGCCCUACAUGCCGCAUGGAAACUUCAGCAGUAGUGACAUCACCUACCAGUUGGGCACUACUGUUACCUUCAGCUGCUCCCCAGGUUUCGUUAUGGAACAGGGGUCAGCAACCAUUGAGUGUGUGGACCCCAGCAACCCCCACUGGAAUGACAGUGAACCUGUGUGCAAAGCGCUGUGUGGGGGGGAGCUCACUCAGCCCUCGGGUACCAUCCUGUCUCCCGAUUGGCCUCAGAGCUACUCCAAGGGCUUGGAUUGUUUAUGGCAGAUCCACGGCAAUGAAGAGAAGCGCAUUGAAUUGGACAUCCAUAUCUUAAAUAUUCGCCACACCGACGUGGUGACCAUUUUUGACGGCCGUGAUCUCAUGUCCCAUGUCAUCGGCCAGUACCUGGGUUCCAAAGAGCGCUUCCAAGUUGUAUCCGGGGGGUCAGAAGUGACCAUUCAGUUUCAAAGUGAUCCGGAAGAUUCCAGUUUCAUCCUUAGUCAGGGAUUCCUGAUUCAUUAUCGUGAGGUUGAGCCAAAUGAUACCUGUCCCACUCACCCUCAAAUCGAGUUUGGGUGGAUCAGCUCGUCCCAUUCCUCCCCAGUGAGAGGAAGCGUGCUGACCUAUCAGUGCCAACCAGGAUAUGACAUCAAUGGCUCUGACAUCAUCACCUGUCAGUGGGACCUCUCCUGGAGCAGCAGCCCACCCACCUGUGUCAAAUUCCAGCAGUGUCCUGACCCAGGAGAGGUUGUAAAUGGAGCACGCUCUGUGCGCCCUGAAGCCGGAUUUGCAGUCGGAACUAUUGUGCGUUUCUCCUGUAACCACGGUUACCAAAUAGAGGGUCCCAGCCAAAUCUCUUGCCAUGGACGAGACAUUGGCAACCCCAAAUGGAGUGACCACAGCCCAAAGUGUGUCUUAAAAUACGACCCAUGCCCGAACCCUGGCGUCCCAGACAAUGGAUACCAAACGUUGUACAAGCACAGCUACCAGGCAGGAGAAACUCUGCGUUUCUUCUGUUACGAAGGUUAUGAGCUCAUCGGUGAGGUCAUUAUCAGCUGUGUGCCUGGACACCCAUCUCAGUGGAACAGUCCACCACCCUUUUGCAAAGUGGCCUAUGAAGAGCUUCUGGAUGAUCACAAAUUAGAGGUGUCUCAAUCAUUUGAACCCUCCCAUCAGAUCCUGAGUGAGAACAUUGCGCUUGCAAUAAUUCUGCCCAUCAUCCUUGUCAUCCUCCUGAUCGGAGGAAUUUACAUGUACUAUACGAACAUCUGCAGACUAGAAUGGAAGCCGCUCUUCUGGAAGUCUCUUUCUCACACGCACUCUUACAGUCCCAUUACGGUCGAGUCUGAUUUCAACAAUCCUCUGUAUGAGGCAGGGGAUACACGGGAGUAUGAAGUGUCCAUUUAAAGGCCAAAAUAUCUUGGUGAGAGUUAAAAAAAAAUACAAUUAAAUUGUUUUGAGGACAACAUGUUUAUUACUUUAAGACCAUGAAAUCCCCUUUCAUUUUAUUUAACAUCUUUCAAUUCUAGCACCACCAUAUAUUUAUGUUCUUAAUUAUGCAAGGCCUAAUUUGAUUUGUUGCAUCUGCCAUUGGUGGAUUUGACCUCAGUCAAUGUUGCAUUGGGACUUGUGCAUUACAAGGUUGAACAAAGUCACUCCAGCAAAGUGAAGGGGAAAGGGUGACAGAGGAAUUGUUUAUUUGUUUAGGUAAAAUAUAGUGAGGCCAAAACCUUGAGAAACUGGCAAUAUCAAUGACAAACAAAUUCUACACUUUUGACCAAACAGAACGCACUUGAAUGUUUUGUGCUAAUUUUUCUGUCUUGUGUUGCAGAUAGAAACAUGUUGAGUUAAUACACCAUUUUCUCUCUUACUGUGUAAAAUACACACACACAACACACACAAUGAAUGUAAAUAUAUGACUUGAUAUUGACUGAGGUUGAUAUAUAUACAGUAUAUACGGUACGAAAUAAAAUAUAUAUACACAUAAACCUCAUAUUUACACUUCUACAUGGUGAUGGAAGGUUGUAUAUUUUCAUUAAAUAGAUAAUGAAAUUUCAGUGCCAAAAUAUGUUUAAAAAAAACCUCCUCAUGUCCUUAAGUGUUCCAUCUGUUGUUGAAGUAGUGUUUUCAAAGACAGUGUUCAGUUUGUUUGUUUUUUUAAUUUGCUGUUCCUGAAAACAGCCAGUGUCUUAUAACAUAUUGUACAUGGGAUGGCGAGGACAUGAAUGUCAUUAUGCUUAUAGCAUGCACUGAUUGUAAAUUAUAUUGCUUCUGCUCAAUCUUGCCAUUAUCAUUAUAGUUAUUGACAUAUCAGAUUUGAUGUUGUAUGCACUAUGUUGAUGAAAAAUUACAACCAUGGCUGUUUGCUAUAAUGCAUUAUGUAUUUAUUUAAAUUGGAUUGUUUGGCUCAUUCACUGUGCCAAAUGGGAGUUCUUGGAGACUGUUGCGUCGUAGACAUAAUAUUAUCCGUAGCAUUUCUUUGCUUCAUAUAUGAGUACAUUCUUUUGAAGGCAGUAAAUUAUUUGCUGAUCUGGAAAUAAAGUUUCUGU